AUUGUAUUGAUUUUCUUCUUACUUGUAUUUAGAUUUAGUCAUUCAAUUUAAACUCGCUUUGUUAUCCUCUUGCAAUUUUUUUAAGAUUCCAGACUCUGUACUUAAUGCAUAUUUUGUGACUGACUGAGGUGCAUUUUUGCAGAAUUACCAUUUAAGAACUUAUGAAGACUUUUGAAACCAGAUUGUUAUAUAAAACCUCAGCUAAUCUGUGUGACAGCAUUUUAAUGGAAUAUUGAGUUGGAAGAAAAAUUGAUUUGGCAUCUCUGUGCUUGGUAGUUUAAAACCAAACAGACACACUGGCUAGCCAUACUUCUUCAUUUUGUUUUCCAGCCUUGUAAACAUUUCCACGUUCCAUCUGUGAUGUCUAGUCCAUGCAUGAAUAAAAUAUGAAGUAAUUUAAUACUACAUAUUAUGUCAGGGGGUUGCUGUUUAUUCUCAAGCUUGAAAUUUAACUUCUUAAAAUCACACACUGAAACUUCUUUGCUUUUUGGUACUCAUUCAGGGCCCUGCCUUUGAGGCUGUGGUGUAAAAAUAUGUCUCAUUCUCUGUAACAGGAAAAAAAAAAUUGGUUUUGUACUAUUAUUUAUAUUAGGACUGUCGUUUUGAAAAGGAUAUGGAGGAGGAAAGAGGAGCUAGCUCUCAUUUCUCUUCUUGUAUUUGGACUCUUGGAGCCCAUGGUGCAGCCCAGUACAGAGCUCAUGGGCCAUCCCAGCUAUCAGCCUCAUGGAAGCUUGCAUCCAACAAGCAGCUGUGGUUGGAUGACAGACAGGUAACUGAAAGUCUCUGUAGUCCUCUACCUCAAGACUAGUAACCUUUCAGUAUGCACGUUACCACUCAGAUGAAAGGAUAAAGGCAGUAUCUUAAUAGCUUUGUAUCCUUACCAGCUAAAACUUCUGCCAAAAUAUCAGGUUGGUAUCACAAGGCCAUUAGCCUUUAUAUGCAUGUAUGUUUGAAGCUAUGUUAUUUGCUCUACAUUUGGCAGAUUGCAAAGCUCUAGUUGUGCAACCAUGUACUUGUGCUAGGAUGAAGAGUUUCUGGGCCUGUGUUUCUUUGUCUAAUGUAGGACAAGUCUCUGAAAUGUCAGUGUGAAACAGUAGUGGCAUAAGCUCACCCUUGCAUCUAGCUGUCUAUGUGGCCUCUAACUCCCAUCCGCAUGAAAAUAAAGAUUAAGCCUGUACCUUAACCAUUAUAACUAUUAGCAUGCAGUCCAUGCUCAAAAUUUUAAAUAGAUGUGUAACAUUUCAUUAUACCACUGACUUUUGCUUCUUGGUUUACACAGAUUUAAGGAAUGAAAGAAUGUGGUUAAAAGUAGUAUUUGGCUAGUGAUCACUAAACAUGUUUUUUCUUAGAACAUAGUGCCUCUGACAGUGAAAAAUGGGCAGCAAAACAGCCUGGAUCUAUUAUUUUAAGCAGCCUGACAGUUAAUAUAUAUUCUAUAUUUGUAUAGAAAUGAGAUGUAAAUUUUAGAAGAGGUGUUAAAACAAAUAAUUUAGUUUAUUUAUCUGUUUUCUUCUCAUGAAAAAGGACACCAUCACUCCAGAUGAUGACCCGUGUUUUGCCAAUUAAAUUGCUGUAGGUUUAGUUACUGAAAUAAUUAUUAGGCAAGCCUUCCUGAACAUAUUUGUGCCUUGCAUUUUCCCUUUUCUCCCUCCUUGAUUACAAUUCUCUGGAAGAGAUCAGAUUGCUCAGCAGACUGCCAGACAUUAGAAAACCAAAAUCAGAUAUAUCAAACUACGAUCCCACGUUCCUUUAUAUGAAAAUCCCACUUUCCUUUAUAGGAAAAUGACAGACUAGCAAAGAUGCAGGAGUUGUCUUCAGUUUUUCAAAUAUCUAUUUUUUCCAGCUUAUAUUCAUAUCCAGGCAUUUGCUCAGUAUGUUGUAAUAAAAUUUUUAAGUAAAUAUUUUUUAUAAUAACUUUCCACAAAGAUAGUAUUUUCAAAAGUCUUCUUCUCUUCACUUUCCAGUGUCACGUUAAAAGAAUUUGUGGAUAUAGAUAAGUACAUUUGCAAGUUCCUGAUGGGCUGUUUGGUUUCAUUUUAGUCCAUUAUCUGUACAAACUUCUCUUUGGAAAAUUAAGAGUGUGUGAUACAUGCAGGAUAUAAUGGGAAUUGUGGUUUGUAGAGAACAGAGUCUCUGGAGUCAUCUUACAAGUCAGCUUUAUUGUGUGUGUAUAACUAAAACCAUCUGUGUGACUUGCUGUUAACAAUAUUGUUUGGGCAGCCCUAAAUCAAAUCCUGAAUGGGCAAAAUUACAGAAGGCAGGCUUAUACUGGAAUCCUUCAGGUCAAACCCACUGGUGUCCAGUCUUUUCUCCUUGACAUAAAAAGUAUUAGCAAAGAGGUAAGUUUGUGCUAGCUGUCCUUGUUUCACCAAGAUCUAUCUUCUGCAAACAGGCUUGUGUUUACAGAAACCAAAGUGAAAAUAGCAUGUGCACAGCAUUAACCAACUGAGGUCAAAACAGUCGUGCAUUUGCAUAGCUGUGCAGUAUUUAAAGGAACUGCUACAAGCUUUUCCUUAAGAGUGUGUCCUCUUCAGACAUCUCUCAAGAAGUGGAAAUCUCUGUUUCUAAAUAGCAUUGUUUUUGCACAGUAGAAGAAAACAAGUUCAACUAUCUUGUUGCAGCUUUUGAUAAAUGGACACUGACAUGGACUACGAAAGACCCAACGUUGAAACUAUCAAGUGUGUGGUGGUUGGAGACAAUGCAGUGGGAAAGACUCGUCUAAUUUGUGCAAGAGCAUGUAAUACAACCUUAACUCAGUAUCAGCUGCUGGCAACUCAUGUACCAACUGUCUGGGCCAUUGAUCAAUACCGUGUCUGCCAAGAGGUCCUUGAACGCUCAAGAGAUGUUGUGGAUGAAGUGAGUGUUUCUCUCAGGCUGUGGGAUACCUUUGGGGACCACCACAAAGACAGGCGUUUCGCUUAUGGAAGGUCUGAUGUUGUAGUUCUGUGUUUUUCAAUUGCUAAUCCUAAUUCCCUGAAUCAUGUGAAAACAAUGUGGUAUCAAGAAAUCAAGCACUUCUGUCCUCGCACACCUGUCAUCCUGGUGGGCUGCCAACUCGAUCUCCGCUAUGCAGACCUUGAGGCUGUUAACAGAGCCAGGCGGCCUUUGGCAAGGCCAAUAAAAAGAGGAGACAUUUUGCCACCAGAAAAAGGCAGAGAGGUUGCCAAGGAACUUGGGAUACCAUACUAUGAAACGAGUGUAUUUGACCAGUUUGGCAUUAAAGAUGUGUUUGACAAUGCAAUUAGAGCUGCCUUGAUCUCCAGAAGACACUUGCAGUUCUGGAAAUCUCAUUUGAAGAAGGUCCAAAAACCUUUGCUUCAGGCUCCAUUCCUACCUCCAAAAGCUCCUCCUCCAGUCAUCAAAAUUCCAGAGUGUCCUGUACCAAGCAUGAAUGAAGCUGGAUAUUUACUGGACAGCCCACUGUGUGCAGAUGUUAUGUUUGUUCUCCAGGAGCAGGACUGCAUUUUUGCUCACAAGAUUUACCUAGCUACCUCCUCUUCAAAGUUUUAUGACCUUUUCUUAACAGAAUGUGAGGAAAGUCCAGACUUGGAUGAAACACAGUAUAAUAAGGAAAAUACAAAUAAAGAAGUUCUGACAAGUCACCUUGAGACAAAUGUUGACAGUGAUGAGACAUCCUUGAAAUCUGCUGAUGUUAAAACUCUCACACUAGAAAGUACUGACUCUUUAAACAUGCUAGAACCUGAACCUGGUGAAACAAAUUCUGCAGCAAGAUCUCUGUCAUCCUUGGGAAAGGGGUUUCUUAGUGUGCAUAAGGAAAUGCAAGUGAAUCCUGUAUCGAAUAGGACAUGUCCUGUAACUGUGGUAAAAAUGGAUUCAUCUGUGCAGGCUGGACCUUUUAAAACUGUUUUGCAGUUUUUAUACACUGGACAACUGGAUGAAAAUGAAAAAGAUCUCACAAGACUGGCUCAGAUCGCUGAAAUAUUGGAAGUAUUUGAUUUGCGAAUGAUGGUGGAGAAUAUUAUGAAUAAAGAAGCCUUCAUGAAUCAAGAGAUUACUAAAGCAUUUCAUGUCAGAAAAGCUAAUCGGAUAAAAGAGUGCCUUUCAAAAGGGACAUUUUCUGAUGUGACAUUUAAAUUGGAUGAUGGAACCAUAAAUGCCCACAAGCCACUGCUGAUCUGUAGCUGUGAAUGGAUGUCUGCUAUGUUUGGAGGAUCAUUCAUUGAAAGCUCAAACAGUGAGGUAGUUCUUCCCAACAUAAACAAGACUUCCAUGCAAGCUGUUUUAGAUUACUUGUACACCAAGCAACUGUCCUCCAGUCAGGAACUGGACACACUUGAGUUAAUUGCAUUGGCAAACAGGUUUUGCCUUCCUCACCUGGUUGCACUCGCAGAACAACAUGCAGUACAGGAGCUGACAAAAGCCUCCAUGAGCGGCAUUGCAAUAGAGGGAGAAGUUCUAUCCUAUUUGGAAUUGGCUCAGUUUCACAAUGCUAACCAGCUGGCAGCUUGGUGCUUGCACUACAUCUGCACCAACUACAACAGCGUUUGCUCCAAAUACCGCAAGGAAAUCAAAGCUAAAUCUUCAGAUAAUCAAGAGUAUUUUGAGAGGCACCGCUGGCCACCUGUCUGGUAUUUAAAGGAAGAAGAUCACUACCAGCGAGUUAAAAAAGAAAGAGAAAAGGAAGAUGUUGCACUGAAUAAACACCAUUCAAAGCGGAAGUGGUGCUUCUGGAAUUCCUCUGCUGUAGUUGCCUGAACAAAGCAAAGAAGUGGAAAUCCAUAGCCAGUGUCUGAAAUUAGUCUUAUUGUUAGAAAUCAGAUGUAGUUCAGGUUUUCAGGAAACUUUGUUCCAUGUGUGCAUUUAUUAUUGCUAGGGUCAAAAGCACAAGAUCACUGAAAGUGAGCCUGGAACAGCUCCUUGAAGUCAUAUGUAUAUUUUUGGCUAGUAAGCAGAUAAAUGUCUACCAUUAUUACAUUUCUUUUUAUACAAAAAAAAAUUCCAGCAUUAAUGUUUCAAUCUCCAGUUGGGAAAUAUUUUUAUACUGUCUGGUGUAUUUUAUUUGGAUAAAUUUCUGGAUACUGUUUUAUUUUACAGACCACAAAGUAACCAUGUAGCAGCUUUGUAAUUAGAUUUUAACUAUUUUUACUAUGCGAGUUCAGUGAAAUAGACAAUCUUCAGUCAUUAGAGACUGCUUUUAGAGUAUCUCAUAAGAAGUCAUCUUAGGAAAAAAUCUAGUUGCCUAGUAUAGGUUGUCUUUUUUAAACUAAGUACUGUGCACUGGUAAUAUAAUUAGAUGGUUCUUUCCCCUUUCUAAAGUAAAGGGUUGGAAUAAGAUCCAAUAACUGCAAGAUAAAGAGUGCUUGAUCUUUGCUCAGCUGAAUAACAGGCAGUAUAACUACCUGUUCAACUGCAGGCAAAUGUAUUUUUAAUAUUUGCCAUGUAAGUGCAAAUAAUUAUGACUAUGUGGGCCAUGUGAAAUCUAGUGAUUCUAAGUAUUCAGAGGUUUUAUACAUCUAGAUCAAAGAAAGUAUUUCUAAAAUAAUUUAGAAGGGCUUAUUAAUUUAUAUCCUUAUACAAGUAUGGAUCUGAAUUCAAAAAGCAGUUAUACUGCUUGCAUUUGAAUUACCUGCAUGGUAGUUACCUUGCUCUGUGAGAUCUUAACCAUGCAGCCAUUCCUCAUGCUGAAUUCCUUUUUGCUUCAGUGCAAGCAAAUGAAAGGGCUGCAAAAACGAGUAGAUUUUAUCUAGUGUUACAGCAUUUUGUAAAUGAAGAAGGGUCUUCACACACAAGAUCACUUUAGUUUUAUCCAAAUUAUUUUAUAGCUUUCCCCAGGUAGAACUCAAAAUGUUAGACUAUUUUAAAGUAGAUUAUGUUUCCCCUGGAAGUAGGUACUCCCAGAAAGCUGGAGGGAAAAUGACAGCAGAAAGGCAGGAAUUCUGCACAAGUGGUGCAAGAAAAAAAAAAAGCCUCCAGUGUUUUCAAAUAGCCUGUGUGUUUAUGGCUUUUUAUCAACCAUUACUCUAAAGCUGCAGUGUUAUACUAGGUUACAUAAGGAUGAGAGCAUUUUUUUAAAAAGACCAAAACUAAAAUAAGUAGACUGUACAACAUACACAUGCAAUCCUGUGCAGUGUCUCAGGCGCAAUUCUGUAACCAAGGUAGUAUCAUGUAUUAGGUUCUUUAAUACUGUUUUGUGCUGGCAUCUCAGCCUACCAAUGUGAAAAGCUGUUUGUGUUUUUUUUUUCUGUAUUCAAAGGCAAGGCAGUACAGUCAAACCCCAGUACUGUAGGUCAGGAAAAGCUUUGGACUGAAAGCCAUAUACACCUCUAUAUAUUUGCAUUCUGAAUGGACUAAUUCUUGGCAGAUGCUACCACAGGAUGGUAGAAGCCACGCAGCUUGGAAGGAGAUGCUGCUCUACAAACUUCUGUAAUGAAAGCAACUGACAGAUUCCUACCCCUCUUAGGUUCAUCACCUUACAGUGAUAAAGAAGGGCUAUAAAUGAUGUUUGCAAAUAUGUCUCCUUAAUUCUUGGUCAAUUAUCAUGUAUAUUGUGGAGGAGAAAAAUGGAAUGAGAGAUGUGUCAAGACUAAGAUAAGAUAAAUAUCUGUUGUCAUAAAAUGCUAACCAGUCACAUUUUAAGUAAGUAUUGCUACUAGGUUUUACACAACCAAAGCUACUGUAUGAUUGUAAUCUUGCCAAACUGUAAUGGAUAUAUAUAUAUAAAUGAACCUGAGGUAUAUGCAAUAAUAUCCAGUUGUGCUAGUUAUCAGCUACUAUAACCAAGUGGCUGGUUCAUUUGGUUAAUGCUGUCUAUGGCCUUUAAUCUUGGUCGUUAUUUUGUGGUUUUUAUUUUGCAAAAAAAGUCAAUAAAACUGUUUAGUUACAAA